UCGAUCAGAAUGAAGGUCUAUGCAGUUUUGGUCUUAACUAUUGCCUCCGUUUCUGCGGGUUUUUUGCCUCAGGAUGUUGCAGUCCAUCCUCGAGACAGUAUUGCUGCUCCAUCUAUUGAAGGACGAAUUACUAAUGGAAAUAAGGCGGCUACGAACCAGUUUCCCUACCAGGUGGGGCUCAGUUUUACAAGCUCCUCUGGUAGUUGGUGGUGCGGGGGCUCCAUCAUCUCUAACACUUGGGUUCUAACCGCUGCUCAUUGCACCAAAGGCGCAUCUUCCGUGACCAUCUACUAUGGUUCUACCGUUCGCACCAGUGCAAAGCUGAAAAAGAAGGUCUCUAGCUCCAAAUUUGUCCAGCAUUCCGGUUACAAGGCGUCCACUUUGAGUAACGAUAUCUCUCUGAUCAAGACUCCAUCUGUAAAGUUCACGAUUGCCAUAAAUAAGAUCAGUCUGCCCGCCAUCGCCAGCAGUUACUCCUCCUUUGCCGGACAGACUGCCGUCGCCUCCGGAUGGGGCAAGACCUCAGAUUCCGACAGUUCCGCUACCUCUAACCUGCAAUAUGCCGAGCUCCAGGUUAUCAGUAAUGCCGUCUGCCAGCAGACCUUUGGAUCUGUCAUCACUAGUGGCGUGAUCUGCGUGGCUUCCACCAACAAGAAGUCAACCUGCCAGGGCGAUUCUGGCGGUCCUUUGGCCCUGAAUGGUAAGCUGAUUGGUGUCACCUCGUUUGUAUCCGCGAAGGGAUGUGAGAGGAAUACCCCAGCUGGUUUUACUCGCGUGACCAGUUACCUGGAUUGGAUCAAGAGCAAGUCCGGCGUGUUUUAUUAGGGGAUGUCUAUAAAGUUCCCCCACUGAUUAAUAGUUAAUAAAUAAAGAAACUGGAAAUAUAUUUUAAUUCCAUGAAGCAUUUAUAA